AUUUCUCAAAUUCUCAACCGCGCUCGUUAGUCGUAACCUAUUCACAUUCAGUAGGUAUUAAAAAUAGUCUUAUUUCUUUGGUUAUUUCAUGUGGAUUGUGGAUAAUUCAUACUUGUGACUAGUAUAGAAACUACUCAAUUCUUUAACCCACAAGUAUUAAUGAAAUAGUGUAGUAAUAUUUACAUAAUGGCUGCUGAUAAUAUUGAAAAAUUGUACCAAAAUUACGGUUUGCUUGCUGAUGCUAAAGAUGAUAUAUCAAAGCACGAAAAAGAAUACCUUGAAAUAUUGGCCGCUGUGAAGGGAUCCGAUAAGGAAAAACGAUUAGCAUCACAGUUUAUCGCGAAAUUUUUCAGCAGUUUUCCAAGUUUGGCGGAACAAGCAAUUGAAGCUCAGUUCGAUCUAUGUGAAGAUGACGACAUUGCUAUCCGUAAGCAAGCUAUCAAAGAGCUGCCUACAAUGUGUAAAACUAGCAAAGAACAUACUCAGAGGAUUGCUGAUAUUUUAGCUCAACUGCUGCAGUCAGAAGAUCAAACAGAAGUUAAUGUGGUUACUAAUUCAUUGCUUGCUGUUCUGAAAAUUGAUCCUAAAGAAGCUUUGGCAGGAUUAUUCUUACAAAUUCACCAGAGUACAGAUAGUGAUGCCCCUAAUGAAACUGUUAGAGAGAGAUGCAUUAAAUUUAUAGCCACUAAAGUGAAACAACUUGGAAGAGAAAUCAUAAAUAAAGAAGCAGAGGAUCUCAUCAUCGCAGAAGGAAAAAAAUUAUUAGAGGAUGUAGUUGCUGAAGAGUUUGAACAUAUUAUGGAUCUACUAAAAUGGUCUCGUCUUGGCAAGACACCAGCAGGGAAGAAAGAAUUAACACAAAUUAUUGCUGCUCUGGCAUUCACUCCAAACGACUGGCAUAUAGAGGACCCAGACUAUGUGGACAGACUUUUGCAGUGCUCUCAACAUGCAAUACCUUUGUUUUCGACCCAAGUGGAUUCAACACAAUUUGUAAAUAUAUUCUGUGACCAUGUUCUACCAAAAUGGAAUGAAAUAACUACUACAGAGGGAGGAACAGAUGUAAAACUUGAACUCUUGAAGACUUUUGCUGAAAUAACGGAAUUUUGUGGAGAAAUUGAAAAUCCUCAGGAUAAAAUUAAUGUUGUUUAUAAUGUUUUAAUGAACUACUUACCUGAAGCUCCAUUGCCAAGUGAAGAUGACAUUCAAGAUAAAGAAAAGAAAAGUGAGACAAAAGAGGAUGAAUCAAAAUCAGGGCCAUCAUUACAAUUCUCUCAUGUAGAAUAUGCACUCUAUGCCUUACAUACCUUAUGUAGAAAAUCGCCAGAGGCACUCGGAGCUGAUGUUGAUAGACUAAAGGCUCUGCGGCUAAGAUUGCAGUACACAGCACGUUUGACACAAGGAUAUAUAAAGAAGUUGAAAGAAGUGACUCGGGGAAAAAAAGGUGAAGAUGAAAAUUCAGAUGAUAACAAGCUAAAAGUUGCCGCUCUGAAGACAACAUCAAAUAUUAACACACUUAUAAGAGAUAUUUUCCGUACACCACCCAGUUUUAAGAGCAAAAUUCAACUCUUCCUUCAAACGAAAAAGCCAUACAUAGAGGAUAUAGUUCCAACACAAACAGAGGAAAAAGACGCAGCUAAUCAAAAACGACACCGUCCAAUCACAUUUGACAACAACAGCAACAAUAAAGAAUCCCCUGAAAAACGAUCAAGAAGUGGUGAUAGAAACUUGAAAAUGUACACACCACCAUCCGGAAAAUAUAGUUCAAGAUUUGGUAGUAGCGGCCGUUUCACUGGUAGUUCGGGGAGGGGUCGUGGUGGCUAUCGUAGAGAGUACCGUGAUAAUGGACCUUAUAGACGUCGUAACAACUAUUAACAUUUAAUUUGACUGACAAUUAGAUUAGUGGAAUGACUUAUUUUCUCAAAUUUUGUAGGGUUGACUUAUAAAAUACUUGCAAGAAUGUUUUAAUACCUGACUAACUUACUUCAUAUUUACUUUUAACUGACAUCUCAUUAGACAAAUUAUGCAGGUGCCUCAGCGAAGGAAGUAGCCCACGGAUCUGUUUGGCAUUUUUUGUUAGGUAUAUUUAACUGGUUUUAGCUAUUAAGCAUGGGAAAAAAACCAAUAUGGUAAGUAUCUUGUGUGAUACAAUGGUGUGGUCAAUGGAUUUUUUUUAUUUAAUUGUUUCAGCUAUUUUCUUGACAACAAAUGUGUCAGCUGACAUUGCCAGUAACCUCUGUAUUGGUUAAUAUUUUGUGGUAAGUCUGUAUUAUUAAUAAAUAGAGAGUAGGAUAUUUUAAUGUAAGUCAAGUAAUAUGUGGGUGGUAUGACUAGGAAUGUAUAGUGAAUAGAUUCUGAGAAGGCAUUUGCGGGUCAGUUUGUGAAUUUCAGUGCUCAGAGAAUGAAAUGAACAAGAUCUGGAGCUCAUCAUCGAUGGAAGCUAUAACUGAUUAAAGGCCUGCCCUUGUAGCUAUUGUAAGUAGAACAGUAUCACAAUUUUAUCAUCAUGGACUGCACUUCUAUCAAGGUCUGGUAAGUAAUGGGCAUUAAUAUGUUUGACAUUCAUGCACAUCUUUUCUAGCAGUAUUGUGGUUAAUAUUUAUCGUUUCAGAAUGAUUUCUACGGUUCAUUUUCUUACAGAAACAUGAAUUUUGAGACCAGAUAAUUACAAUUUCAAAUAUAAAUUUUAAUUCUA